ACGAGAAUGCUUAAAAAUAAGCAGAGGGUCAGAGCCGCCAAUGGGUCAGUGAAAGUCAUGACGUCUCGAGGAACUAAACGGAAAGCCAGUAUAAAACCAGAGACCCUAACAAGGAGUCAGUGGCUCAAAGCCACCCAGACGUCCAUGGUCCAACAUGCCGAAAAAAGACUCUUGCCCACGACCGGUCACGCCUCGCUUGAGUUCAAGUAUCAGCAGCUCGAGAAGAUCGGCGAAGGAGGCUUCGGAUCGGUCUAUGCGGGCUACCGGAAAACAGAUUCUUUUCCUGUGGCCAUCAAACACAUUCCCAAAGAUGAAGUCAAGAGCAUCCCCCUGAACAUAAAGGGGAGGAAUCACGACGUCCCCCUGGAGGCGCUGCUCAUGCUUCAGGCGUCGUGCAUCAAGAACGCAGACGGGAAAUCGGCUGUCGUGUCUUUGAUGGACAAAUACGACUUCGAUCAAGAGCUGGUGCUGGUCAUGGAGAAGCCGGCGCGGUCCGUGGAUCUCUUCACGUACAUCACCAGAUGUCGGCUUGGAGACCUCAAGGAGAAUGAGGCAAAGAACAUCAUGAGGCAGUUGGUGGACGCCGCCAUCAAAAUGCACGCCGUCAACGUCUUCCAUCGGGAUCUCAAACCGGGAAACAUUCUCCUGGAGGCCACCUACGGCGUCCCCCGGGUGCGGGUCAUCGACUUCGGCUGCAGCUGCUUUGUAACCGAGGAGCCUUAUCAUGAUUACACUGGAACCCUCUCCUAUGCUCCUCCGGAGUUCGUCCUGAGGGGGUCGUACAGGGCGGGGCCGACCACAGUGUGGCACCUGGGCGCCAUGCUCUUUGAGUUACUGGCCGGAAGCAAACAGUUCGACACGCUUCUCUUCAUCUCCAAGAUGCUCCAACUCAAUCGGGUUCUGUCUCAAGAUUGCAGAGAUUUCUUGCAGAUGUGCUUGAAUUGCGACCCAGAGCAGCGCGCCACCCUGGUGCAGGUCCACCAACAUCCGUGGCUCAUUUGACGAUGGCCGCAAAUUCAAUGUCACGUGGACGAUCACUGGAACGGGAUCUUUUCUAUCCUCGCCGACCACAAAUGUACACUGUCACGUGUGUCGGUCACAUGUGUGAUGUGUAGUCAGGCACUCUGCAGUCCAAAAAAAAAAAAAAAAAAAAAAGCACUUUAAAUGAUCCCUGGUGCAAUUUUCUUUCUAUAUUCUGAGGGCACAUGAAGGAGAACAUUGUUUAGAAACAGAACAAGUGUUGUUUACAUGACACCGGUUUGAAACUGUCUCAAAGUGGAACAAAACUUGAAUAAAGUGUUUCUUCAUAAAAUGACAUGCAUAUUGCAGUGUGCAGUGAAUUCUGCAAGUCCCAACACAAAAACCUUAAAACACAUUAAUAGAAGUAGUCAUAGUAGUAAGAGCAACUUGGAGUCCAAUACAGUAAUUAAACAAUUUUCACAUUGGGAUUGGGUACAUUAGAGUUGGCUACAUCCUUGGGGACAGAAAUGGAC